AUGGCUACUGUCGCCCAACUUGAUUACAGUUUGAUUCUUGAGUGUCUCUUUUUUUUCCCCCCCCUCCAGUAUUCUCAAAAAGAGGACAAAUAUGAAGAGGAGAUCAAGAUUUUGACUGACAAACUCAAGGAGGCCGAGACCCGUGCCGAGUUUGCCGAGAGAUCGGUCGCCAAAUUGGAGAAGACCAUCGAUGACUUGGAAGAUAAGCUGAAAUGUACCAAAGAGGAGCAUCUCUGCACGCAAAGGAUGUUGGACCAGACCCUCCUUGAUCUGAACGACAUGUAAAAAAAAAAAGACCCGAGGCAACGGCAGCCCCCUCCCACCCUUUCUCUUCAACCUACGCCCCCCCCCCCCCCGAGCAGCCAUUCUCCACGCGGGUUCAACUCUGUUCGUUUUGUUUUUUUCUCCCAAGGGAAAAAAAUGAUAACAACCAGAAAGUUGACCUCUAACCCUCCCAAGGGGGAAAAAAAGUCAUAAAUUACAUUCUUGAUAUUUGGGGGGACCAAUUUAGUUUUAAAAAAAAAAACACCUCUGCUGUGUUUUUCUUUUUUUUUUUUCUUCCUUGCCCACCGAGACAUUCCUUAAAUUUUCAGCCGGAAGGAAGGAAAAAGAGGCAGCCCCCAUUGGAAGAAUUUAAAGGGAGCGAGCGACUGGAAGGCGUGAAAUUUAAGGCGUUGAAAUUAUUACGUGGCCGAUGUGUGUUUCAGGUUAACGCCCCCCCCCCCCAAUCACAAAGUAUUUUCACCCCUCAGUGGCCGACCCCCGAAAGCAUGCAGCUUUUAAAUCAAUGUACUGUUUUGUUUGCCCUUCUGAAUCGGAUGAGCCUCCCCCCACGAUCCGAUGGAGCGGUCGAUCGAAUGAAUAAUCCGAAAUCCCAUCGUUGGUCCGAAACAACCAGCAAAAGCUUUUGCGGUGUCCACUAACGGGGGACUAACGUUCGCUUCCGCAAGGAAAAAGCCUUUCCUCUUGCCUCUCCCCUUUUUCCCAUUUUUUUUUUUGGGGGGGGGAUAUUUAAAUUCGGCUUUUUAAGGAAAUAAGUUGGGCUGAGGUUUGUGCUUUGUCCGCUGCUGUUUUAAUCCGUGUUUUUAUAACCUUUUUCCAGCUGUGGGGGGGGGAAGAGCACUGUGUUUAAAAAUAAGAAAAGAAAAACAUAAUCGGGGCUCCGUGCGUGGUUUUUUUUUUAAUUUAAAGUUUCCUUUUCUUUAAACCCAUAUAAAUCGUUCUUAAGCUCCUUCGCUCUUUUCUUUCCUGCAUUUUUUUCUGACACUUCG